AUGGGUCUCGAAGACUUUGAGCGCGAGCUCGCCGAGAACAAGUCCCGCGAGGACUCCCACAAGCGCCGUCACCGCAGCCGCAGCAGAGACCGGGAUCAUCAUCGCUCCAAGGAUAGCGAGCGCAAACACCACCACCGACACCAUCACUCCUCGAGGCACCACGGCUCCCACGACAAGGACGAUGACCAGGAAUCGCGCCACCGACCCAAGCGCUCACGUCGGGAUGACGACGAGCACCGCUCGUCCCGGCGCCAUAAAGACGACGACCGCGACAACGAACAUCGUUCAUCAAGGCGUGGGCACCAUGACCGUAAACGUUCGAGAUCGCCCCGUGCCGAUGACGACGAAGACGCGCGCCCGGAGAAGGGUACCAUGGAUGCACCGCCUACAGAAGAUAUCCUCGACCAGCGACUGGCCGAUGCGCAGGCGUCGAACCUGAAGCGCGACUCCUGGAUGGAGGCACCCUCAGCAAUGGACGUGGACUACGUGCAGCGGAGGAAGGAGCCAGAGCCGGACAAAUCGAAGGCAACGAAGAAAGACUACGACCUGAAGAUUCACGACAAGGAGCUGAACCAGCACUUGAGAGAUUUGCAAGACGGCAAGGAAGAUACCAGUGUUGUUGAAGAGCCGACACAGCACGAAGUCAAAUAUACCUUUGGGGACAAUGGCUCUCAAUGGCGGAUGAGGAAGCUCAAGAAUGUCUACCGUGAGGCUAAAGAGAGUGGCCGUCCUGUCGACGACGUUGCCGUGGAACGAUACGGUAGUCUUCGGGAUUUCGAUGAUGCUCGAGAGGAGGAAACGGAGCUAGAACGCCGUGCCAUGUACGGCAAAGACUAUGUCGGAAAAGAAAAGCCAGGCGGGGAGCUCUACCAGGAGAGGAAGAUGAAGGCCGGCGUCCGCAGAGACUCGAUCCCGAGUGCAGACGAGGUACCGGAGCUUCCUCAAGGACAGGUCAUGCAAGAAAAACCUCCUCCCGCGAGGACUGCUGUACUGGAUGCGACCUCCCUAAAUAGGCUACGGGCGAAGAUGAUGAAGGCCAAAUUGAAAGGAGGCCCCGAGGCAGCAGCGCUUGAAGCAGAAUACAAUGCUGCCGUGGCUGGUGCUGCCAACCGCAAAGAGCCCGAGGUGGUGGUGUUGGGUGCGAUGGAGAACAGGAUGCUUGCAAGCCGCAAGGGCGAAGUCAACGAGAUCGAUAACAAGAGAGGCAGAGAACGCGGUCUGGUGGUGGAGAACGAGGACAUGAGCAUCGAGGACAUGGUCAGGCAAGAGCGGAGGACAAGAGGUCAGCAAGGCGGGGAAGGCUAUCGUUUGGCUGAGACCAUCGCAAAGGAUGCCAAAUUCGACGACGACCUGGAUUACAUGGAUGAGAAUGCUAGCAAGUUGGCCAAGCACGUCCAAAAAUCCAACGUCAACCUUAGAAACACGGCCAUCGGCGACUUUCAAAAGAUGAACCGCAUCUUGGACAGCUGUCCCCUUUGCCACCACGAAGACACAAAUACGCCUCCGGUUGCGCCCAUCGUGUCUCUGGGCACUCGCGUCUAUCUCACCCUCCCCACCGAGCCCGAGCUCAGCGAAGGAGGCGCUUGUAUUAUUCCCAUUCAACACCGCAUUAACUUGCUCGAGUGUGACGACGACGAAUGGGAAGAGAUCAGGAACUUCAUGAAAUGCCUCAUUCGCAUGUACCACGACCAAGGCCGCGACGUCGUCUUCUACGAAAACGCGGCGUCGCCGCACCGCAAGCGCCACGCCUCGCUCAACGCCGUGCCCAUCCCGUACGACCUCGGCGAGACGGCGCCGGCCUUCUUCCGCGAGGCCAUCCUCUCGGCCGACGAGGAGUGGACCCAGCACAAGAAGCUCAUCGACACGGCCAAGAAGUCUCGCGAGGGCAUGGGUCGCAUGGCUUUCCGCCGCAGCAUCGCCAAGGAGAUGCCGUACUUCCACGUCUGGUUCGAGCUCGAUGGCGGCAUGGGCCAUAUCGUCGAGGACGCGAACAGGUGGCCGAAGGGGGACUUGUUUGCGAGGGAGACGCUGGGUGGGAUGUUGGAUGUCGGGCCAGAGGUUAUCAAGAGGCAAGGCAGGUGGCACAGGAAUGAUAGGAGGGUAGAGGGGUUUAGGAAGGCGUGGAAAAAGUUUGAUUGGACGAGGGUGUUGACGGAGGGGCAGUAA